AUGCGAUCUAAAUCUGAUAAAUACGAAUCAAAAACUUAUCAGGGGAACAAAAACACUGCAGCAGACAACGUGGAUCCUGCAGCAUAUUCUUCCUCGGCUACAAUUACAGGUUAUUAUGCAGGUAAAAAUGAAUCAGAAAUUAAAUCAAUGAAUUAUGACACUUUACCUCCGCUGCCAAAAUUUCAUGAAACUACUCCAGAGUAUUAUUCUGAGAAUGAAAAGAAAUAUACCAAUGGUAGAGAUGUAGAAGAUGGUAAUGAUAAUGACGAUGGUAACGAUGACAAUGAUUCUUCAAUGAAGUCUUUAAUCAAAGGUUUCCAAAGUACUUCCCUGUCUUCCAAUAAUACUAAUCUAUCAAAAUAUCGUACUAAUCAGAAUCGUUCUCCAUUAGUAAAACAAUUCUCUGUACCUAAACAUCAUGCUGAUCCGCUGUAUGAAAAACAUCAUAUUGUUCUGGAGGAGAAAGCAUUGACAAAUACUGCAGGGAACGCUGGACAGCAUAGCCAUCAUAGUCAUCACCAUCAUCAUCAUCAUCACCAUGGAAACCAUCACCAUCAUCAUCAUCAUCAUGGUCACAGUAAUAAAACACGAUCGAGUAGGAUUUUAUCACCCAGUUCUACAAAAUCUUUACAACCAAAGGAUGCAAAUAAUCAACCUGAAGAUAAAGAGGAUUCUGCUAUGUGGAGCCGUGGACCCGGUUCAGCUAAUCUUACAACAACCUCUGCAUCUUCCACUGGUCGUAAAUCACAAGGUCAUACAGUAUAUGAUUCUAGGGAUAAAAAUAUACCCAGUCGUGGUGAUAUAUCAUCAGCAUCAAACUCUGGGCAAAGUAGUCUUCAUUCAACAGUAAACCGACAAUUUCUUGUUAAUAGAAAUACAACACAAAGUGGUGACACUUCAUCGAUUGCCCUGUCUGAAGCAUCAUCACUAAGCCCUAAUGCUUACACUAAUCAACAAGGUACAGAACCAAAAUCAAUUCAAACAGUACAUUCACGUUUUCGACAAUUUUGGGUUGAAACAUUUGUCGGUGGACGAUCAAGAACUAAAUCUGAAAAUCAAACACCUGUACAAGCUGAAGCGCAUAAAGUUAGAUUUUCUGAUCGUCUUAAUGAACCAACAGGUCAAGAAACUGAUAUUUUACCUCCACAUGCUUAUACAAUAACUGGUGAUUCUAGUCAAGCAGCAUCGAUUCUCCGUCCAUUAGCAGUCUAUACAAAUCUAUCCAGUCCUCAAUCAGAUCAAAUAUCACCAGGUUUUAUUUCAUCUGGUACUGGUAGUCUAAGACAUCUUGUAUCUAAACAUCCUCGUGGUGGAGUAGAUGGAGUUUCAAUUACUCCACCAUUCUCAUUUUUCAACAAAAUGAUAAAUUUCGAUUAG